UGGUACCCUCUAGCGCAGGUGCAGUCGAGCAGCGGAGUUCAGUCGUGAAUGCGCUGGAACGCAAGCAAGAUCUCUCGUACCGUAUUUGCGCGACGCGUACACAAAAAUCGAAAGUGAUCAGUUAAGGUGAGGUGAAGUGCACGCGUGCGCGCCCAAAUAGUGUACGGUGUGAUUUUCAAGUUGAACUUGUCGCUGCUGGAGGUGGUUGUUGUUUUUGAUACCUUACACAACCCGCACACGCACGCUCAAAAUGCCCUCCCUGCUGGCCAUCACACUUGGCCUAAUGGCCCUCUGGCUCCCGUCGGCGACGUCCCAGCGCGAGGUGUUCCGGCUGUUCGAGAACUGCCGGUUCGGCAAGCCCGACUUUGACCCGUGCGUAAAGAAAGCGCUCAACUCGAUCCGGCCCUGGUUCAAAACAGGCCUCCCGGAGUUCAACGUGGCCCCGUUCGAUCCCCACCGGGCCGAUGUGGUGGAGCAGGUUCGCGGUGACCGGGAUGGGUUCGCCGGGUAUCGGUUGCGGUUGCUGGACGUGUCCGAGUGGGGCUGGGCAAAGUCCGAGGUCACCAAGUUCAAGACGGACUACAAGAACAACCAGAUUGUGUACUCGCAGUACUUCCCGGAGAAGGGCCUGAAUGGGGAGUACGAGUUCGAGUCGAAGCUGCUGGGAAGCCAGCGGAAGACGAGGGGGUCGUUUAACUUAACGUUGUUUGACUACAGUCAGACUACGACUGUGAGCCGGAUUGGCGGCCAGGGAGGACUGCUGAAGGUACGAGUUGCUGUCGACAAGAUCGGUGACAUGAAGCUGCACAUCUCGGACCUGUUCCAUGGGGCCAAACUUCUAGAAUCAAUGGCCGACUUCCUUAUCAACACCAUGUGGCAGCCUUCGUUACCUUUCGUUAAGCCACUGAUCAACGAUCUGGUCAGUACGGCCUUCACCGAUAUCUUCAACGAAUCCUUCCGGUACUUCCCGCUGAACGAAGUGAUACACUAGCCACAGGCUCUGCGGGGGAGGUAUUUUGUAUCUUUUAGAGGACUGAAAUAAAACUAGCUGUACCAUU